UGCGACUCGACCCAAACGCCCACCCAGAGUAACCAUCAAGCGACCAUCCUCCUCCGCUCCUCCCGGUCCCCUCGUGAAAGCACCGAGUCCUCCACUCCCUCCUCUUUCUUUCCCUUCCUUCUCUGUGAAGAAUUCCUACCCUGUCCAACUCCUCCUCCUCCUCGCCUUCUUCUUGAUGGGCUUGUUCGAUUAUUAGUUUCUUUCUGCUGAUCUUUUAAUUUAUUUUUUGUUUAUUUUUUAGUAUUUUGUCAAUCAAUUCGUCGACAUCGCUUGGAAGAGUUCGGAAAGGGAAAGAAUCUGUUUUAGUAAAUCAUACUUCUACCAGUGAGAAGGAUGUUAGUUUGAGGUGGAAUUUCUAUAUAGAGAUGGGUUAUUUACAUGCAAUUCCUCUACAAACCUAGUUGCAGCAAAUUUCUACAAUCAAGUUAUGACCACACGAUUUCCAAAGAUUUGCAAAUUUUGUCAGCUGUUGGGUGUAAGGUAAGGGGUUGACAUAUAUUUGAAAAGGGUUGGAUUUAGAGCAUACCCUACAAGAUUUCAUAACAUUAGGACAAGUCCACUUUGCAUGAUGUGGUUGGUUUUUAUUGUGUUUUAUACAAGCUCAUAUACGUGAGGAGUUCACCAUCCCAUAUUAGCCAGUAACGUGUUGGCUGGGAUUGGCCAGAACAAGUUCAUGUUUGGCGAUACUAUGGCACAAGUUUCCUGUGUAAAUGCAAAUGCUUUUAGAAAGAAAUUGCGUUUUCAUUCUUAUGCCCUUUUCCCUUCAUCCAUAGGUGAUGAAGUGCCAAUUGAGGUAGACAGUAAAAGUUGAUACUUUAUUAAGCUAGGACAAUGGCUGGAAAAGUUGCUGCCUCUCAAGCAACUGAGUCGUUUGAAUACAUGUUGUUUGAGGGAGAUCCAGAUCAUCUCAGAGCCGUUGUAUCUACCCCAAAGCAAAAUAGCCCAUGGAUUGAUCCUAAUGCACUGAAAUUGACACAUCGUAUAGGGCGAGGCCCUUUUGGUGAUGUUUGGAUAGCAACUCAUCAUCAUUGUGCUGAAGAUUACGAUCGCUUUCAUGAGGUUGCAGUCAAGAUGUUAUAUCCGAUUAAAGAUGAUCAGCUUCAGCUUUUGUUGGUCAAGUUUGAUGAAAUGUUCUUCAAGUGCCAUGGAUUAGAGAAUGUUUGCUUUUUGCAUGGAAUCUCAAUUCAAAAUGGAAGGGUCUGCAUUGCAAUGAAGUUUUAUGAGGGAUCAAUUGGGGACAAGAUGGCUCGUCUUAAAGGCGGAAGGCUUGCACUGUCUGAUGUUUUAAGGUAUGGUGUUGAUUUGGCUCAGGGAAUAUUGGAACUCCACACAAGAAGAAUUCUAAUCCUCAAUCUUAAGCCCUGUAACUUUCUUCUUGAUGAACAUGACUGUGCAGUCCUAGGAGACUUUGGUAUUCCUUCGUUAUUGCUUGGACUUUCAUUGCCAAGUUCAGAUUUGAUUCAGAGGCUUGGGACACCAAACUACAUGGCUCCUGAACAAUGGCAACCAAACAUUAGGGGUCCAGUUUCUUUUGAAACUGAUUCAUGGGGAUUUGGAUGCAGUAUUGUGGAGAUGUUGAGUGGUAUUCAGCCUUGGCGUGGGAAGUCACCUGAUGAAAUCUAUCACUUGGUUGUGAUAAAGAAAGAAAAACCAGAAAUUCCAAGUGGCUUACCAUCUCAAUUGGAAAAUGUUCUCUAUGGAUGCUUUGAGUAUGACCUCCGAAAUCGCCCUCUAAUGUCAGACAUUUUACGUGUAUUUCAAAGUUACAAGGGUGCAGUUUCCAGUGAAAGCAGCUGGGGUAAUUCCGGAAAUCAGGUUGCAGACAGAUCAUGUCAUGUUCGUCAUGCUGACUGGUCACUUCUAAAGGACCACCUUCUAGUGGGUGAUACUGUGUGCUCUAGAAAGCCUAGAAACUCUUGCAGGUCAGAAAGCAUGGAGAUCCCAGAGGGAACCGUGGUUGGCAUGGAGAACAGUGGAGAUCGUGGCGGUUUUGUGCUUGUUAGGGUCCAUGGGUUUCAUGAUCCUUUGAGGGUGCACUCCACUACCGUGAAGAGGGUGACCUAUGGUUUUGCUGCUGGUGAUUGGGUACGGUUAAAGGAGGAAGACAAGAAGCAGUCUCCAGUCGGCAUCCUCCAUAGCAUUGAGCGAGAUGGAACAGUAUCUGUUGGUUUCAUUGGGAUGGAAACUCUUUGGAAGGGGAAUUAUUCAGAUAUUCAGAUGGCGGAGUCUUACUGUGUUGGUCAGUUCUUAAGGCUGAAAGCUACUGUGUCUAGUCCCAGGUUUGAGUGGCCACGUAAGAGAAGCGGGGAAUGGGCCACUGGCAGAAUUUCACAGGCUCUUCCAAAUGGAUGCCUUGUGGUCAAAUUUCCUGGAAGAUUCAGUUUUGGAGAAGUUUGCAGCUUUCUUGCAGAUCCGUCAGAGGUGGAGGUGGUGAAUUUCAAUACAUGCGAUGGAGUGGUUAAGAAAUACCAACACCUUGAGGACUUCCACUGGGCUGUGAGGCCAUUGCUUAUUGCUUUGGGUUUGUUUACAGCGCUGAAACUGGGAUUCUUUGUUGGCAAGAAUAUGGGGAGAUCAAGGAGGAAGAGAGGUGUUGGUAUCUCAGGGCAGGGAGAAGGGCUGCAGCAGGAUGGAGUGAGUGGUAGUAACGCAGCAUGGCUACCCCCAUCAGUGGCAAACAUCCUUGGUGUUGCUCCAGCUAGAUAAUUAUCCAAAUUGAAUGAACUUAAAACUGUUGUUUAUAGUUUCUAAAAUAAAUUUAUGGAUGUAUAGACCCUAAAACUCUUCCUGCUUGUAUAUAUUUUUGUUUUGAAGUGUUAAUCUUUUCAUCUUUGGAUGUGUUGGGUUCCAGUCAUGAUGAUCCUAUCACAUUUUUAUCUAU